AUGCUCGUCGAUUCACAUUAUUUAAAUUGGUAUCCGCUGGCCAGGAAACCAGAUGAAGACGAUCAGUUUCCUAAGGAGUUCUCUCGCCGCCUUGCCCGAAGGUUUGCGGAGAUGCGCGACCACACUUUCUACCAACUCAAUAGCUCAGACUACCAGGAGCUGGAGCGGGAGACCCAGAGCGAGGAGAAACCGCCCCGCAAGAAGACCAAGACGACCAUAACUACUCACUGA